AUGGAAAAGAAGGGUUCCAAGCGGAAAGCAUGUUCUUCCUGUGAGGUGGAUGUCCAAGAAAUGUUGAACGUUUCCAAGAAAACGACUAUAUUGUUUAUUGAGAAUUUAUUGCCAUUUUCAAAUAUUAAGAAUCAACAUUUAAUUACAUUUUAUAAUGAAUUAUCAAAUGAGUUUGAGAAGGAGUCUCUUAAUCCACUUAAAUUAACUACAGCAUGCCUUGAGCUUUAUAAUGAUUUUAAAACUUAUUUUUGUAAUUAUUUUAAUCGAAUGAAAGGGUUAAAAAUAUCACUAAUUUGUCAUAAAUGGCAAUUUUCAAGCUCAAUUAAUCCAUUUAUUUUUAUAUCUACAUCAUUUAUUUCACAAGAUUUUGAACUAAUUGAAUUUCCAAUAGCAUUAAUUGAAAUGAAUGAACAUUUCACUACUAAUUUAAUUAAUGAUACUAUAUUAAAGGAUUUACAAGGUAAAGUUUCAUUUAUAACUUCAAAUACUAAAUUUAAUCAAGAAAUUUCUGAUUUUUUAACGUUUUUAACUACUGAAAACUCUCUUGAUAAGAAUUUCUUAUAUUGCUUCCCAUCAUUUUUAAAUGAAUGUAUAUCGAAAUUUAUCUUUGAAAUCAAGGAACAAGAUGAAGAUGAAGCUGAAGACGAAGAACAGACAAGAACUAAUGCUUAUUCAAAUCAUUUUUGUAAUGAUAUUACAAUUGGAAUCCAAUUGAUUCUUAAUCCAAUCUUGAAAUUAUUUCAAUUAAAAUUUAAUGAAUUAUUAAGUGUAAUAGAUGAAUCAACUACUAAUAUUAAUGUUGAAUUCAAACAAAAAUUAAAGAAAUUAUUGGAAUUCAUUAAGAAUAAUAAUUCAAAUAAGAUGAUAUUCCAACAAAUUGAACAAAUUUUAAAACUUAAAAUUGAGAUUUUGCAACAACAAGAAAUUCCAAAUCUUGUUAAUGAAAAAUACUGGCAAUUAAUUGAAUUUAUAUUAGAAUUUAUUAAAAGAUUCCAUGAAAUAAUUAUAGAAUGUCUAAAUAUUCAAUAUCCCACUAUUCAUAUGAUCUUGAAAUGGAUUAAAAUCUUAAUUGUUCACACAACAACUUUAGAGAAAAAUCUUCAAUUAAAAUAUAAUUUAAUUAUUUCAAAUAAUACCAAUUUAAUUAAAAAUAUUGCAAUAAUUUUAGAGAAAUUAUUAAAAUACCAUGAUGAUAUCAUUCAUAAUAAUUUUGAUUUGAUCCUUGCCAGUUAUUUACACCCUUCGACCAAAAGGUAUUUACAAGAUGGGAAUUUAAAUCAGAUUAAUUCUUAUGUUGCAGAUAAGGCAAAGUUAACUGGUAUAAGAACAAGCAACAAUGCUAUUAAUAACCCGACGAAUUUUGAUAAUUUAGAUGAUAUGAUUAUGAAGGUAUUUAAUUGUUCUGGGAGUGGUAGUAAAGAAUGCUACCGUUAUGAAACAUCAUCAAAUAAUGAAAUUAAAUACGAUAAAUCUUCAAGAUAUAUCUCCCUUGAAACAGGACCAAAUUUAUUAAAAUAUUGGCAAUCAAAUAUUGAUAAGUAUCCAACAUUAUCAAGAAUAUCACGCCAGGUCUUAUCUAUUCAGUUAUCUACCAUUAGACAAACAAACAAUCUAUUCCAAGAACAAAUUUCACUUAUUCGUCUGAUCAAAGAUAACGGUGAAAUGCUUCAGGCAAUAUAUGUCCUUCAUGUGUUGAGUAAACAAUAUAAUUUAUAUCUAUUUGAUCCAAAAGAUCUUGAUUCUCAAAUCGAAGAAUUUCGAUUUGGUGGUUCUACGAAUACUACGGAGGAAGAUGACGAAGAAAUGGAGCUUGAGUCAGACUAUGGAUUGAAUCAAGAUUUAGAAUCCAUUCAACUGGAAUCAAGUAUUGAAAUUGAAAGAGAUUCGAAUAAGAGAGCUAGGAAAUUGUGA